UCGAUCCCUGAACCAACAUGUUGUGCAACCGAUUAAUUUUACAUCGGUCCAAACGGCUCCUGUUUUACGGCAGUCCGGUACGGUGGAACCAUACCGACCUACCAAAGAACAAUCUGAAUGAGAAAUACAUUCGCAACAUUGGAAUUCUGGCUCACAUCGAUGGGGGUAAAACCACAACGACGGAACGAAUGUUGUUUUACUCCGGUAAAACCCACUCUCUGGGCGAAGUCCAUCACGGCAAUACGGUGACGGAUUUUCUGAGCCAAGAGCGGGAACGGGGCAUCACUAUUUGUAGUGCGGCCGUCAGUUUCGAUUGGCGGGAUCAUCGAAUAAACUUGCUGGAUACCCCGGGCCAUAUCGAUUUCACUAUGGAAGUCGAACAGUCCCUGGCGGCCGUUGACGGAACCGUUGUCAUUCUGGACGGAUCGGCGGGAGUCGAGGCACAAACGGUAACCGUAUGGGGACAAGCCGAUCGGCAUCGGUUGCCCCGGCUGGUUUUCGUAAACAAGAUGGACAAGGAAAGUGCCGACUUUGAAGGCUGCCUGCAGGAAAUUAGACAGAAGCUGGGAGUGACUCCAUUGCCGCUUCAGAUGCCUUUAAGGGAAAAUAACAAGCUGAACGGAAUCAUUGACAUCCUUGCGGGGACCGAAAUACGGUUUGACGAAAAAACCACUGGUCGAACCUUUCAGCAGCUGCCUCUGCAAGGCAAAAACCUGGAACAAGUGCGAUCAAAUCUGUACCAAGUUAUUGACGCUCUCUCCGGAAUGGAUGACAACUUGGCCCAAGCCAUCAUCGAAUCGGACAGCAUGGAGAAUUUGGCACCGGAGCUGGUGCUACGAGCAAUUCGUGACUGUACCCUGAAGCAGCAAAUCGUACCGGUUCUGCUGGGUUCGGCCUACAAAAACAUCGGAGUUCAGCUCCUAAUGGAUGGGGUAUUGCGCUAUCUUCCAGCGCCGAAUGAGCGUAACAAAAUCUACGAUAGUUUCGGUUCAGAAUUCGUUGGAAAAAUAUCGAAGGUGACGCACGACAAGCAGCGAGGACCGCUGAGUUUGGUUCGUGUUUUCCGGGGUGAGCUGAAGAAGGGUGCUAAAAUUACUACCGCCAAAGGUGUUACGGAAAGUGUGCAACGAAUCUACGCUCCCUGGGCGGACGAGUAUCGGGAAAUUUCAUCUGUCGGUCCAGGAAACAUUGGCCUAUGUGCAGGACCCAAAUCGACCGUAACCGGAGAUUUAGUCGUAGCGAAUGCGUCGGUUCUGAGAAGUGCAUUGAAAAAGAUGAGCUCUUCAAAGUUCGAGGAAGUAGACGAAGAUGAAAUACUGGCUAAAAAACUGUCCUUGCAAACGGUCGUACCAGAUGCAGUUUAUUUUUGUUCUAUAGAACCAGCCUCGUCAGCUUAUCAGACUGCACUAGACAAUGCUUUGAAGGCAAUGCAACGUGAAGAUCCUAGUCUAAGAGUUUCCUACGACGAAACGACCAUGCAAACCGUUCUCGGAGGAAUGGGAAAACUGCAUUUGGAAAUCGUCAAAUCGAGAAUAAUGUCCGAAUACAAAAUAGAUGUCGACUUGGGACCUCUUCAGAUUGCCUACAAGGAAACACUGGAGCAAGGUUGUCGAGGCAGCUGGACUGCUGAAAAAGAGAUUGCUGGUCAUAAACAACUGGUUCGAAUGGAAUUGUCCAUCCAUGAAGAAAAAAAGGACGAAAGAUUCAUUCUGGACAAUUCCCCAGAAGCUCAGGACAACCUCAAAUUGAUUCGUCCUCGACAAAUGUCUUUCAUACGCAAAGGUUGUCUGGCAGCAUUGGAACGUGGCCCGAAGUUGGGUGGUCAACUGAUGGGUGUCGCAAUAACUAUACACAAUCUAACGAUUGGUAAAGGAACGGCCGAUACUUUUAUAAUGGCUGCGGCGGCUCAAAGUGUUCAGCACGUGCUUUCCACUGCAAAAUGUCGUCUUAUGGAACCAAUAAUGCUGUUGGAAGUGGCCAUGCCAGCCGAGUACGUCGGUACAGUGUUAGCAGAUUUAAGCAAGCGUCGGUGCACCGUUUUAGAUGUAAGUUCUCGUGGGCAGACGCAUAAAGUGCUGAGUGCCAACGCACCAUUGGCGGAAUUGGAUGACUACUCAAGCGAAGUUAGACGCAUCAGUUCUGGGACGGCCAGCGUUUCCAUGCAACCGAACGGCUACGAACUGUUGAGUGAGCUAGAUGAAGAAAGUGCCAUUCGAAGGGCGCAUGGUUUGGAAUAAAGGGAAGAAAG